UAAAGCAAAGUGAGUAUGCUGUGUGGCCAGAGGUGUCGCUGUGGAGCAGGAGCCAGAGUGCGCACACCCAAGUGGCCCCACAACUCCGAGCUGCUCCCCGGGAAGAUGCUACCGCAGGGAGGACGAGCUGCUGCACUUUUUCUGGGACUUUUGCAACUUUUCAACGCACCUUUUUCCCUAGCCUUCAACCUGGACACCAGUCACGUGAUCAGGAAGGACGGGCAGCCCGGGAGCCUCUUUGGUUUCUCUCUGGCUCUGCACCGGCAGAUCAACCCGGACCGACGAUUGUUAUUGAUCGGCGCCCCCAGAGCCAGAUCUCUGGGCAAACAGACCGCCAACAUCACCGGCGGUCUUUAUAAGUGCGACCUCAGCCAUUCCAACGACUGCGAGCGCGUCUUAUUCGACAGCGAAGAGGACAUCCGAGUGGAGAACAAGGAGAACCAGUGGAUGGGGGUGACGGUGCAGAGUCAGGGACCGGGGGGGAAGAUUGUGACGUGCGCCCACCGCUACCAGAGGCGCAUGUUUGUCAACACGCCGCAGGAGGCGCGUGACAUCACAGGCCGCUGCUACGUGCUGAGUCAGGACCUGUCCAUCAACCAGUCCUCCGACGAGGACGGCGGCAACUGGAACUUCUGCGAGGGGCGCGCCAGAGGCCACGAGAUGUUCGGCUCGUGCCAGCAGGGCGUGGCCGCCACCUUCACCAAGGACUACCAUUACUUGGUGUUUGGAGCUCCAGGAGCGUACAACUGGAAAGGCAUCGUGCGUGUGGAGCAAAAAAACGACACUCUGCUGGAGAUGGGAGUGUACGAUGACGGCCCUUAUGAAGUUGGCGACGAGCACGUCUUGAACCCGGAACUUGUACCCGUGCCUGCUAACAGCUACUUGGGAUUCUCCCUGGACUCGGGUCACAGCAUCACCAGGAGGCGUGGCCUAACGGUGGUGGCCGGAGCGCCCAGAGCCAAUCACAGUGGAGCCGUGCUGCUGCUGAGGAAGGAGAACGACGCCUCGUCCCGACUGGCCGUGGAAUACACGCUGUACGGGCCCGGCCUGGCGUCCUCCUUCGGAUACGACGUGGCUGUGGUCGACCUCAACGGGGACGGGUGGCAGGAAAUCGUAGUGGGAGCGCCUCAGUUCUACAUGAAGGACAAAGACGUCGGAGGGGCGGUGUUUGUUUACCUCAACCAGGCGGGACGGUGGGGGGGUGUCACUCCUCUACGAUUAAACGGCACCAGAGACUCCAUGUUUGGUCUGGCGGUGGAAAACAUUGGAGAUGUCAAUCAAGACUCUUAUGAAGACAUCGCCAUCGGAGCGCCCUAUGACGAUGGCGGCGCCGGAAAGGUCUACAUUUACCACGGCUCUGCAAGGGGACUCGUCACCAGCGCCGCUCAGAUCCUUUUCGGAAAAGAACACAAUAUUGGACUUUUUGGCUAUUCUCUGGCAGGGAACAUGGACCUGGACAGCAACUCUUAUCCCGACCUGGCUGUGGGCUCUCUGUCGGACUCGGCACUCGUUUACAGGGCAAGACCAGUCAUUAGUAUCCACCGAACUGUGCAAAUAUCCCCUCGGGAGAUUGACCUGACAAUAAAGAACUGCGGAAACAAGAUUUGCUUCACUGUCGAUGCUUGCUUCAGCUACAAAGCAAACCCGACGUCCUACAAUCCAAGACUAACUAUCAGCUAUUCUGUGGAGGCGGACGGAGACCGCAGGAAACAAGGAUUAUUGUCCAGAGUGGUGUUCUUGAACAAAUCCCACUCGGACACGGAACAUCAGUUGAACGGUACCUUGGACCUGCGAGGGCAAAAACAGGAAACGUGCAUCAAGAUAAAAGCCAAGUUAAAGGACAAUAUCAAGGACAAGAUGCGAAGUGUUCCCAUUGAGGUGUCUGCACAAAUAGUUGGUACCAAGCGUCAGAAGUCAAAGAGUGGCCUCCCCCAGCUGAUGCCCAUCUUAGAUUCUUCUCUGCCCACUAAAGACGUCAUUGAGGUGAAUUUUGUCAAGGAGGGCUGUGGGAGCGAUCACGUGUGUCGCAGUAACUUGAGGAUGGACUACAAACUCAUGUACAAACAGAGCAAUCAAGACAUUUACUCGCCAUUGCCAAUCAGGAACAAUGUUCCCGUCUUCCAUCUGAAGUACGAGAGGAAGGACUUGGCCGUGCGACUGACCAUCAGCAACAUGAAGGGCGACGACGCCUACGAGGCCAAGCUGGUGGGCUCCUUCCCCCAGGCGCUCUCUUACUCGGGAGUUCGUUCACAUCGAGCCGUGAUGGACAAACAGAUCAUUUGUGUUGCCAAUCAAAAUGGCUCUCAGGCCGACUGUGAGCUCGGCAACCCUUUUAAGCAGGACUCUGAGGUGACAUUUUUCAUCAUCCUGAGCACUGUGGCAGUGACUCUGGACACCACACAGAUUGACAUCGACCUGCAGCUCCAGACAACCAGUGUACAAGAACUUCUAGUCCAAGUGCGAGUCAAAGCCAAAGUGAUGAUCGAGCUGCCACUGUCCAUCACUGGGGAAGCCAGUCCUCAUCGUGUUUCAUUCGGCGGUGUGGUGAGAGGAGAGAGCGCCAUGAAGAGUGAAGAAGAUGUUGGCAGUUUGGUCAAUUACACAUUCAGGAUUAACAACCUGUGGGGCUCCUCUGUCAAAUCCUCGCUGCACAUUCAGUGGCCCAAAUCCACCAGAAACGGCAAAUGGCUUUUAUACCUGGUGAAGAUGAGUGCUCAGGACGGCUCGCACGACGUCCUCUGCACGCCACAGUCUGAGAUCAACCCUCUCCAACACAUCCAGGAGACGCCUGCAUCUCGGACAAAGCGGGACCUUGGACAUGAAAAAGCAGUGUCAGACAAAAACAGGAUUUUGUCAUGUGGGAAGGACUUGCAGUGUGUGGUGUUGAAGUGCCCCCUGCAGGGACUCGAUGGCUCCAGAGUGGAACUCAGAGCUCGUCUGUGGAACUCCACCUUCCUGGAGGAUUACACUUCUCUGUCAUCCUUGGACAUUAUUGUGAGGGCUUCACUGGUGCUGCACACUCAGGCCACAAACUUGAUCCUGACAACCCCCAACACGGAUGUGACCAUUACAGUGUUCCCAGAGAGCGAAGUGGCCCAGUACGCUGGCGUGCCCUGGUGGAUCAUCCUGGUGGCCGUUCUUGCAGGCAUCUUGAUUUUGGCUCUGUUGGUUUUUCUGCUCUGGAAGUGUGGUUUCUUCAAGAGAGCGUCCAAAGAGGACUACGACGCGGCCUAUCACAAGGCUGAGAUCCAUGUUCAGCCCUCUGACAAAGACAAGCUCUCUGCCGAGGCCUGAUUACGUGCUCUUGAGCACGGUGUGGAUUCUUUAAGCGCUCCCAGCAAGACAACAUCGUUCCGCAGUACCACGCUGUGCGCAUCCGAAAGGAGUCCCCUCAGCACCCGGACGGCAGAGUCAAGCUGGACCCUUUUGAGAAGAAGCAGUGGUCCACGACGUGGGUGGACAAUGAAAGCUAUUCUUAAAACAACUUUUAAUCAACUUAACGUAUUUCUUUGAAUUGCCGCCGGGGCAAUAAUUAUUUUAAAACCUUUUCUCACUUCGGCGUUUACCAAAGGCAUGCGGUAAAUUUAGGCCUGCGCUUAAUAAUUUGGUUCUGAUGUAAGGAUAGCAUCAUGAAAAGCACAUUUAAUAAAAAAAAACGUUAUUAUGGUCUUACCUUUACUUAUAAAUGAAGUCCAUGCGCAGCUCCUUCUGAUCAAAAGCAUCGAUAACUUGUUUAUAGAAGUCUUCCUUAUCUUUCUCCAGUUUUAAAAGUCUCUCUGUCUCCAUGGAGAUCUUCCUUUAUUACCUCCUGCUUCGAUUGAAAGUCCAGUUUAGAAAACUGUUUUAUUUUAGAUAUGUAAUCCUCCAUGUUAAAAGUGCAAGCGAGAGGAAAAAAUAAACGAUUGCUGCUUGUUGUCACUUCUUCUGCAGCCGAGUAGUCGCAAGAAGGAUCACUAGCGCCCUCUACCACCAGGAGGCGGGAGUCAUUUAAUGACUCAUAUUUGACACACGCAGCUACGGUAUAUUAAUAAAACAUAGCUGCUUCCUGUUCUUUUUAGCAUAUUCAAUAGCUUGGACCUUAAAUCCUACUGAAUAGCUCUUAAUCUUCUUCCCUUUAUGCGAUUUCAAAUGAUUGAACUCAGCCUCCUCCAUUUUGAAAAUGAUGACAGGUGAAGUGUCACUCGUGACGUGACGAGUUUGACCCGGCGGAAAUUCUAGGCAGGCACAUACUAUAUACCCGGCGGCAAUUCAAGGAAGUACGUAUUUGUCUUAAAUUAGCGGACACUUGAUUGGGUACACUUGUGGAGUGCAAGAGCACCAGGUGUUCAUUAGAUUGUGCGGCUGUAAAGUUCAAUGCAACAUGUUUUUGUUAGUCUUUCAACACUGUAUAGAUGAUUUGUGUAUAUAUUUCUGCAUAUUGUAUAUUUAUUUUUUGAUAAAUGGAGCCAAAGAUGCUUAGUCUUUCGUCUGCACUGGAACAAGGUCUGCAUAAAAACAGGGGUACUGGCUCUUUAAAACCUUGCAUGGUUUGAAAACCCAUACAGAGAAGGCACAGUUUUUACAUUUAAUUAUUCAGGAUUUUUGUACUUUUUCAUUCAUGGGGACUGUAGAAAUACUUCAUGGCAACUCUCAGGAUGCGGGUUUUGUAAUUAUUGUUGCGUCGUGGUAGCAUUGUCACUGAAGUGAUUCUCUUUUUUGUGAGGAAGCUUAAAGCAGGAUAGCUGCAAAAAAAAAAAAAAAAAAGUUUAAUUAUUCAGAAAUGUAUAUGUUACAUUUUAAUGUUGAAUAAACAUUGUUUAAAUGAA